UCGUUCUUUAAUAGUUGUAGAAUUUUUUUAAUAUUUUUACGACAUUUUGCAAUGGCAAAAGGCCACUUCUCACUGUUUGUAGCAUAUAAAAUCAGAUCCCAGGCACUUUAGAAUCACUAGAGCACUGCAUUUAGAAAGAAAUGGGAAUUGGUCAAGCAGUGUCUGUUCUCCUGAUCUCAUUGUUUGUUUGGUCUUAUCAUUCUUCUGAGGCUUCAGAAGAAAGGUCGACAUACAUUAUCCAUAUGGACAACUCCUUGAUGCCUAUGGCCUUUCCUAGUCACCGUCAUUGGUAUGCUUCUACCUUAACAUCCAUCAAAUCAGUCAGCCCUGAAUCGUCAGAGGGGCGUAAUCUUGGGCCGAAUCUGGUGUAUACCUAUCAGAACGCCUUCCAUGGUUUCAGUGCAACUUUGUCAAAAGAGGAGCUGAAAGCACUGAAGAAGUCACCGGGGUUCCUUUCGGCUUAUGUUGAUGGGGAAAUCAUACCUGAUACUACACAUACCUACAAGUUUCUUUCCCUCAAUACUGCCAGCGGAUUAUGGCCAGCAUCUGAAUACGGGAAAGAUGUUAUCAUUGGUGUAGUUGACUCUGGUGUGUGGCCAGAAAGUCCAAGCUUUAGAGAUGAUGGAAUGACAGAAAUUCCAGCACGAUGGAAGGGGACUUGUCAAUCAGGCCAAGAUUUCAAUUCAUCAUUGUGUAACAAGAAACUCAUUGGAGCUAGAUAUUUUAACCAGGGAGUUGUUGCUGCGUCUCCUGACAUUAAAAUAAGUAUGAAUUCCACGAGGGAUAUUUUUGGUCAUGGCACACAUGUGUCGUCCAUUGCAGCGGGAAAUUAUGUUGAAAACGUUUCAUUCUUUGGCUACGCUCCAGGAACAGCAAGGGGCGUUGCUCCUCGUGCUCGGCUCGCUGCUUAUAAAGUUCUUUGGGAUGAAGGAAGCUAUGCUUCUGAUGCUCUUGCAGGCAUUGACCAGGCUGUGGCUGAUGGUGUAGACAUCCUCUCAAUUUCUUUGAGUUAUUUGACAAUUGAUUUGUACGAGAAUCCGAUUGCAAUUGCUGCUUUUGGUGCCAUGGAAAAGGGUAUACUUGUUUCUGUCUCGGCUGGAAAUCGGGGUCCAAAUUUCGCAACUUUACUUGAGGGUAUCCCGUGGGCAGUGAUUGUCGCAUCAGGAACUGUUGAUCGUUGGUUUGCUGGGACGUCAGCUCUGGGAAACGGCUUAACCAUCCAGGGUUGGAGCACGUUUCCAGCAAGAGCCACCGUCAGGAACUUGCCUCUCGCGUACAAUAAGACCUUUUCGGCUUGCAAUUCAACCGAGUUAUUAGCAGACGCUCCGAGUAGUAUUAUCGUAUGCGUCCAAUCCGAUCAAACUGCAGAAUUCAAUGACCAAAUGAGUUACAUUUCUGAGUCCAACGUCCCCGCAGCUAUCAUAAUUUCUGAAGAUACUAGUAUUCUACGCUUCACUGACUUUCCUCAUCCGGGAGUCGUAAUCUCUCCCAAAGAUGCAGACAAGGUGAUCAGGUAUGCCUCAACUAGCUCAGAACCUACCGCGAGCAUCCAGUUCCAGCAGACAAUCCUGGGGACAGAGCCCAGGCCUGCUCCUGCUGUAUCUGCAUCAUCUUCAAGAGGUCCAGCACGUGCCUAUCCGGGAAUUUUGAAGCCCGAUUUAAUGGCACCAGGGGUAUUAAUCUUAGCAGCCUACAAUCCUUAUAAUUCUGUGGCGACUAUUGGUUCCAAUAUAGCCUUGUCUAGUGAUUAUAUUAUGGAAUCAGGUACAUCAAUGGCCUGUCCUCAUAUAUCCGGCAUUGCUGCGCUCUUGAAAGCCGCACAUCCUGAUUGGAGUCCGGCAGCCAUUCGAUCUGCCAUGAUGACCACUGCGAGUACAUUUGAUAAUACUCGAAAACCAAUCAAGGACAUGGGGCAUGAUUAUGAUGUUGCUACACCUCUUGACAUGGGAGCAGGACAAGUUGAUCCGAAUCGUGCGCUUGAUCCAGGCCUAAUUUACGAUGCCACACCCCAAGACUACGUAAAUCUCAUUUGCGCAUUGAAUUUCACACGUGAACAAACUCAGACCAUCAUAAGAUCAAAUUACAAUUGCUCCAAUCCGUCGCUUGAUCUUAAUUACCCAUCAUUUAUAGCUCUAUACGAUCCACAACCAGAAACGUCUACCUUAACGCAGAAAUUUCGGAGGACUGUGACAAAUGUAGGCAAAGGUGCAGCCACAUAUAAAGUGAAGGUGAUAACACCAAAGGGUUCUGUUGUCACAAUAUCCCCGAAAACAUUAGUCUUCCAAAACAAAAACGAGAAGCAGAGUUAUUCUUUGACAAUACGUUACAAGACUUACACAGAAUAUGUGAUUAAUCAUGGUUCAAUCGUAUGGACUGAAGAGGCUGGCAAGCACACAGUAAGAAGUCCCAUUGUGGUGUCUCCAGCCCAACCCUCUUGACUUUUUUUUAUUUUUAUUUUUGUAGGUAUUUUUCUAAAAAUCUGGCUCUUAUAAUCGAGUAUUCUAUGUAUUGUCCAUUGAACUUUUCAAUUAAUAAGAAGCAUGAUCUGUGAUUGAUCACUUGUAUGAUUAGUUGCAAAGAAAAAUGGAUCAAAUAUGAAAAGAAGAUACUUGUAAGUAGAAGUGGAAGGCAUCACUGUUUUUUGGAAAGA